AUUGUUGCACAGUUAUAAAAUUUAUAUAAAAAAGAAUACAAAUGUAUUUGUAAACAUAAGCUUUGGAUACUGUAUUUUUCCAUUAAAAUGAUAGUAUACAUAAUGGCUUAUAUUACUGUUCGAAAAUUAUAUAUUACUAUAUUACUGUUCAAAAAAGUUGAUCAAAUGAUAACAAGUUUGUUAUAAUAAAGUAAACUUCCAGUUACCAUUUACUAUUAGAAAUAUUUAAUUAUCAGUUAAUUUUAAAACAUGGGUCAGAAAUAUAGGUAGCAGAAAUGCAUUAACAACUUUCAUGGUUUGAACAAAAUAAAAAACUAACAAAUCUAUGGAAUCUAUACGUAAAAGUCAAAGACCCAAAAAAAUUCCUGGUCACUUUUUGGAAGUUGCACCUCAUACAAGUAAUGCUGCUCCUAGAAGAAAUAUUAAAAAUCCAAUUCGUCCAAAUCCACUUCCUGAUUUUUGUUGUGAUAAUUGUGGUUCACGAUAUGUUGUAAAUCCAAUGAGAAGAGGUAAUAAAGCUGCUGCUACUCCAAGAUACAAGCCAGCACCUCGCCACAAAAUAGACCCAGCUACACAGAAGGUUCUAACAUUAUGCAAUGCUUGUGGAUUAAAAUUUAAGCGAAAAAAAAAAGACAAGCCAGAUAAAAUACAGUUAACAGAGGAAGAAAAGAAAGCUUUUAAUGAUGAAGGUGAAGCUUUUGCAAAAGGAUUAGCAAAUAAGUUAAACAGUGAUUUAGCAAGUCGAUUAUAUUGCUCAAAUGUAAAGAAAACUGCUUGUGGUUGCAUUCAAAAGUUUAUUUGUGGAUCAGAAAGUACAAGUGUUGAAGAUAUUCUUAGUCGAGCUAAGCUUCUUCUUGAUAUUCUCACGGUGGCAACAGAGUUGCGAAAACUUAAGUGCUAUGAUAUUAAUAACUUGGAAGAAAAACCAUUUAAAAAAAAAAAUGGAAAAAUAGGCUUAGGUAAUGGUCAUAGAAAAUCAAAAGAAUAUGAAGAAUAUGUUUUGCAAAAAAGGGAAUUUCUAAAAGGCACUAUGAAACUCUGUGAGAAAGGAGUUCAAAAGAUUUUGUCCUACUCAAAUAAUUUUUUACAUAAACGAAUGAAAACAGACCCAGAGAAAGGUAUACGAAUUGAGCGACAAAAAGGCAAGGCUGCAAUGGGUACACUGAAACCAAUAUGUGAUCUUCCUCUUGAAUCUUGCUGUAUUGAUAAUUGUGUUAGAAUGGCGUUGACUCACAGUCGACUAUUAGAGUCAUGGCGUGAACGAUCAAUCUCUAGUCAAGUUGAAGCUAGACGCGUUUUAGCUGAAAUGCUCACACCUUCCGGUGGUAACCGUGCUAAUUGUUACAAGUUUAUUGCAGCUGUUACUGGUUGCAGUAACACAACGAUCGGGAAAGUCAAUGAACAGAUGAGAAAUACAGGUGGGGAUCGCGAACCUCCUGAGCAUGGCCUCAAACGAUAUUGGAAAGAAAAACCUAAAUCCGAUAGCUCAGUUGAAGUAUCUUCUGGAUUCGUUCCAUCUUAUAAAAUUCUUCAAACUGCUGCUAGUUCGGCAGGCUUGUCAUCUGUUAUGCAAAAUAUUGACAAAGACUUAACACCUAAAAGACAAAAACGUCAGCAAUCAAUAAAUGAAGCGCGAAAAAAAGAAUAUUUAUCACCAAAUAAUCGUUUUAUUACGAUACUUGCUGAUACCAAUGACGCAGCAUCCUCAUUAAGUAAUAUUCAAAGUAUUCCAGCCACGAUGUUAUCGUUAAAUACAAACAAUCAAUAUGGCGGCUUUAUCUCUAUUCCGACAGGUUUGACAUCAUCUAAUGUAAGUAUUUCAAACAGUUUGUCGCUUCAGACAUUUCAACAACAUUUGCAACAUCAACAACAACUACAGUUGCAAAUUCAAAUAUUACAGCAACAGUUGCAAAAUACUCAAGCUGCUGUUUUAAAUCAAACUGAUAUUCAGCAAAACCAUAGCAAUGCCUACAUGGUAACGGUUUCGAAUCAUUUAGAAAAUGUUAAUUCUGUGGGUACUCCUAUAGUUAUGCGAGGACUGUCUACACAGCAACCAUUAAUUCAGAAUGUUAUAUCUCAGUCAUUUAUGCCAAAUCUUGUAAGCAGUGAAUCUAUACCUUCAUUUGCCGGACAUUCAAGUGGGGCUAUCAAUUUUAUGUCAACAAAUGUUGAUGUUUCCCAUAGCAAUCAUGUCUCACUUAUUACUUCGCCUAUUUCAAGUCGUUGUGAUUUAAAUAUUGUAGUGCCAAACAAUACCAUUAUAUCCCAAGAAAGUAACGUCAAUGGGAAUUUGAAUAACCGGAACAGAUCCUCAAGACAAAUAAGCAAUUUCAGUCAUUUACAUUUAAUAAGUUCUCAACCGCCAACAAUGACAUUAGGUCAACACCCAGUUACUAUAUCGUUACAAAAUCCCGAUAUAACUAAUUUGCCUACAAUGUUGUUAACUCAGACUUCCUCAAAUUGUCCAGUAACACCAGGUCAAUUGGUUCUUCAUCAGGUAUCUGCGUCAUUACCUUCGUCAGGCUUGGUCAUUCAUCCGCCAUUAUCUGUUCAGGCCUCCUCAGAUCAACUUAGUGUUCAAUCUGUCUCCACUUCUCAGUCGCUUAUAGAAUCUUCACUGGCAAUAUCGAACCCAAUUUUACCUCCCAUUACUUCAUUUAAUGCUGAUGCUUUCUUGACAAGUGGAGCUGGUACUUAUACAGUAUUAAAUGCAAGCAUAGAUUCCCCAACCCAUUCAUUACCAUCGGUAUAAGAAUAUUGUUUGAUUUUUUUUUCUUAUUAAAAAUUAAUAGCUUAUAUUCAUUUUAUAUAUAUAAAUAUAGAUAAUAAAAUAGAGAAUAUUUUCUUGAAACUUA